AUGCUCCAUGAGAUCCUGCUCUCCCUAUCAGGGCACCCCUCGCCCCUUCUCAGGAAUGACUAUACCGAGCCCAGAGCACAAUCCAUCCUAUCACCACCAGAGAGAGAACUAUUGAGGACCGCCGGUCAUCUAAGUGAUCUUCAUUGCAAACUCAUUACUUAUACUGCCCAAGUCAGCGCCUCUCACCCUUCUAUUAUAUGUCGUGCAGUAUCAACCGCUAUCAAUUCUCUCUAUCUCGCCGCAUUCCAAAGGAAAGUCCUAGAGGUUGAAGAAAGCAUCCUUCGAAAAGAUGCCUCCCUUGUUGGUGCUUAUAAUAUCGUCCCCCUGACCGCCGUCAUUGGCGAGUUUUCGGGCUGGACUCGUCGAAUGGAAUGGCUAUGGGAUUUGGUCCAAUUCAUGCUCAGAGAGAACGAGGGCUCUCCUUGUCGAGCAGCGCAGCUUAUUAACAAAUUACGCGAUGAGCUUCAGACUGGCUACGCUGACAUUGGGGAGACUGCGCUUAGCCUCGUCAGAGUUGCCGAAACUGCUUGGCUGAAGCAAGUUUCCGCUUGGGUCCUCUACGGUACCAUACCUAUAUUAGGGGAUGCAGACUUCUUCAUCCAGAAGAAUGAGCGUGACGAACUGGGAUAUUCCAUUAACCAGCGGUUACUGCCAUCAUUUGUUACAAUAUCUGCAGCCACAUCCAUGCUGUUUAUCGGAACAUCCUUGAAUCGUGUGAAAACCAGGAGCAGUAUAGAGCCAAGCAGCAAUGGACUUGGCCACCUCUCAUCUCAACUUCAGACCAUCGCGGAUUUAAAAUCUCCCCUCAAGAGCGCUGCGUUUUCGAGAGCCAUUACAUCGAUCCGGCUCACAUUGUCUCGGACAAUCUUACAAAAGCUAUUACCAUUAUCUAGGGUACUUGAGAUGUUGGUUUUAUUCCGCGAUUUCUUUUUGCUUGGACGUGGUGAAUUUGCUAUGGCCCUUACACAGCAAGCCGAUGAGGUAAUUCGCAACCGCUGGCGGCGUGCUGAUAACCUCGCUUACGAAAAGCGGGUUGGGCUUAGCAAUGUGAUGGUAAAAGAAGGCGAAGUCGCAGCAGUUCUCACGAAGACAUGGGCUGUGCUAGGCUCAAUGCAGGGUCAGCAUGCAGACGAAGAUGAAGGUCUAGAGAAAGCACGAGAUGUACUACGGCUGAAUCUAUCCAAGACCAAAGCCUCAACCCCUAUGAAGAACAAGACUGGUAUAGACCAUCAAGCACCUACUAGUAUCACAGACACUCCGUUCCGAAAUCUUCUUUUCUCUGUCCCCGUGGUCCUCACAUCGCAGAUCCCACCACCUCUGGACUUAUUUUUGACUGCAUCUGAUGUCCAGAUCUAUACUUCAAUUAAUUCUUACCUGCUAUCGAUCCGCCGCUCCCACCUCCAUCUGACGGGUCUGUGGAAAAUAACAGCCCUGCGCCGCCACCAUCCAGCACCCCCUAGACCUCCAUAUAGUACUACUAGAAGCGGUGCUUCAAGGACACGCGUCCUUCGAGAGCGUUCCUCUGUGCGCUCGUCUAUAAUGCGGAGCGUGUGGAGUACGAGCAGUGCCGCUAUCUUCUUCCUGGCUGAAACUGAAGCAUAUCUCCAAGUUGAAGUCGUAGAAGGCCUUUGGGAUGACUUUCAUGGUUGGAUAAUAGGCAAGAAAAGCCAUGAACAACAUGAUAACCUAAAUUUGUCUGGCGAUAAGCGUAUUAGCAAUAGCAAUGGUUCCUACGGCCAAGAUAGCCCUCGCAAUACAGACAAUCCUUCAGAAUCAGAUCGGACACCACAGAGCACAAGCCCCCCGCAUCACGAUCCUCAAACCCUCGCCAUAGCUCACCGACUAUACCUCCGGAUCCUUAUCCGCCGCCUCCUCCUAACACAACCAUCAUUCACAAAUCCCCUAUAUGAACUUCUAGUGAACACAGACCACCUCGUCGCCCUCGUACACCGCCUCCACGGGGUCUGGGCGGCAGCAGAUCUCGAAGCAGACGAAGGCGUCGUGGACGCAUUUGCGGACCUAGUUGCCGAGGAAGCCGACGUUCGUAUGCGUAUCCGCGAAGUUGAGGCCGGUGUUAAGGAUAGCGUACGCGCUGUCGUCGCCGCCCUUAGAGCACUGAGCACUGAUUCCGCAUUUAUGGCUGAGCUUGAGGACGGGGGGUUAGACGGCGAGGAAGAAAGUGACGUUGGCAAUGAAGUAUUCGAUGAAGAGGGGAUUGGGUAUAGACCCAGGCGGACGGGUGGGAUCGAUAGACUGCUUAUGAAGUUGGAUUUUGGCGGGUGGUUCGAUGCCGGUAUACCGAGGGGGGAGGAAGGGGUUGGCGAUGAUGAGUUUUAG